UGGUGGGGAAAAAGGGAUUCCCAGCGAUUCAUACAUUGAACCCCACUUAAAUUUCAAUAAGUUGCACGAAAAUCUUCAUUUUUUCAUCGUAAGUAAGUGCACCGGCAGCUGCAGAGCCUUGGGAACUCUAUCAAUCGCUUUAAAUCGAAAGCAACUCUCAAUAUCCGUGGUUUUCGCGAUGAACUAUUUACGCACAGCAUGCGAAAUCGCACGUACAUCGUCAGGUGUAUCACGAUCUGCGACGCUGCUGAGAUCACGUAGCACCGCUCCUCGAUCUUUCUGCUCCCAGAUCGAACAAAAACCACAACAACCGAAACCUUCACCAGCAGGAUCAAGCACCGGAAGCAAUGGGGCAAACAUAAGCGCACACACCCACACCCCGAAUGCGUUGGAGAAGCGUAUGUUGGUGUUUAUGAAACGCUACAAAUCCAUUGAGGAGGUUCCCAACUUUGUCAGCCAGGAAAAGAUGGAACGUGUCCGUAAUCAGGUGCGAAUCAAGAUCGCCAAUUACAUGAUGAUUGCUACCGCGAUCGGAUGCAUCGUGAUGGUGAUCAGUGGCAAAAAGGCACAGGAGCGUGGUGAAUCCGUUGCCAAGAUGAACCUCGACUGGCACAAGGAAUACAACGAGAAGGCACGUGCCGAGGACGAGGCGUCUAUGGCAUCCGCAUCGAAGAAGUAAUAUUCUUCCCAAUUGUUGUUUUGUUCGAAGCUAUCGAACGUUCAAAGUGUGGAUGUAUAGAGACUAGAAAAUGAUAUAUACCAUCGUGUAAAUACACAACUCAAGCCAUUCAAAUAUUUAAAGGUUUUUCGGCACCGGAA